AUGUUCGCCGCGCGCGCGGCCGCGCCGCGCGCCCCGCGCGCGACGCACGCAUCGCGCGCGUCGUUCGCGCGCGCGUCGCUCGAGAAAACGCCCGAUUUCACCGCACAAAAGCGCAAGCGCGUCAGCUUCAUGCCUCGACUUCUCGACAACAACCGCGCGAAGCAUCUCACGUCAGACAUCCAGACGUGGCAGCGGAACGUGCAGCGCGAUAUCAGCGCCGUGGAGACGGUGCGGUUCGGCGACGAUUGCUUCGUCGGGGAAGGCACGGAAAUAUUCGCCGAACCCGGGCGGGACGUGGCGCUCGGGGACGGCGCGCGGGUGGCGGCGCGCUGCUUCAUUCACGGACCGUGCGCGAUCGGGGCGCGCGCGUCGUUGAACGCGAACGCGCAUAUCGAGGGAGGAGCCGUCGGGGUGACGAUCGGGGACGACACGCGGAUCGGGCCGAGGUUUUCGGCGUUCGCGUUUAAUCACGUCUUCGACGACCCUGAGACGAAUAUUCGCGAGCAGGGCGUGACGAGUCAGGGGAUAACGAUAGGAAAAGAUGUUUGGAUAGGUGCGAGCGUGUGCGUGACUGAUGGAGUGCACAUUGGAGAUCAUUCGGUCGUGGGCAUGGGUUCCGUGGUGACUCGAGACGUGGAACCCUACGCCGUCGUCGCCGGAAAUCCGGCUCGAGUGAUUCGGUAUAGAAAGCGCCCACCGCCCAAGUAG